UGAUAAUCCACCCAGUACAGCAGUGAACAUCGGCAUCCAUAGUUUAGCAUCCACCAUGGAAAUCAUAAGCAGCUCUCACCAAGGAGAAUCCAGUACUAGCUCCAAUUACCAGAAGCCGUUACGGGAGUUCACGCAGGAGGAACUCGACUUAAUGAUCAACAAGCAGGUAACGAAAUAUUCCGAAGAAGCCAAAAAGUUACAAGAAGAAGCCGACCUUGGAAACACUAGGUGCAUCUACAGGGUCCUCCCGAGGCUCAAGGAAAUCAAUGGCAAGUCAAUAUACGAGCCCCGCAUGGUCUCCAUCGGGCCCUACUACUACAACCUCCGUAAUGAAAAGUUCAAGAUGGCCGAAGAUUGCAAGAGGAAGUGCUUCGGCUCCAUGCUGGUUAAGGCAGCAAAUCAUGACAUUCAACAUUAUAUCUACAAGUGCUGCUUGCAAAGAAUAAGCGAACUUGAAGUGGACAUCAGAAAGUGUUAUUCUGCAGAGUUCGAAGUCGCCGGUAUUGAAUUUCUCGAAAUGAUGGUUGUUGAUGCUUGUUUUAUAAUAGAAAUCAUUGAUAUGUUUGGACCGAGGAAAGAAGUCGACUCCAGCGAAUCUCUUGCAGCCUUGGCGUGGAUGGUACCGUAUUUCUACAGGGACUUUCUCCUGCUUGAGAAUCAGAUCCCCUUUUUCGUUCUGCAAGAGGUAUAUAUGAUUACCCGUAAAAUGCUUGACCUUAGAGUUAGUAGUUCCCAUCUGAUAUAUGCUGCUUUGGAAUUCUUUAAGAAUGGAAUGAAAAGACUCGAUUUAGACAUUUUCGAUUUCACUUCAAUGAACGUGGGGGAAACGAAUCAGUGCUCGGCCUUGCAUUUGCUGGACUUGGUUCGGAGUAGUUUAAUGCCAUUCUAUUAUAAGCGACAGCGACCAGAAUUCCCUACAGAGACUACAUUCAUUCACUGCGUCUCGAAGCUCCGGCUAGCGGGGAUUAAGGUCAGUCCAGUCAAAGCCCACAGCUUCCUAGAAGUGAAAUUCAAGAGAGCUGUGAUUGAGAUGCCAAACAUAGCCAUCAACGACUUGAUGAGAUGUCUGUUGCUGAACUGUGUGGCAUUCGAGCAGUGCCACAAGAGAAGCAAGAAGUACUUCACAGUUUACGCUAUUUUUUUGGACUGCCUGGUGAACACCAGCGAGGACAUUGAGUACCUUCGCGAGCGCAAUGUCAUUGACAAUUACCUUGGGGACGACUCCGAGGCUGCGGACUUCAUCAACCGUGCGGGCAAGGAUUUGGUACUCAAUGCUGAUAAAGGCUUCUAUUUGGGGAAAUUGUUCAAGGAUGUGGACAAGCAUUAUCAGAAACGGUGGAUGUGGAAGUGGGCGAGCUUCGAGCGGGUGUAUUUUGACAAGCCAUGGUUGCUUCUGUCGGCAGCGGGUGGCAUUUUGCUCGUACUGGCUACGUCAUUCCAGGCCGUAAUGGCCUUCUUAACUUACAAGUAUAAAAAAUGCUAGGAAGGCUCGGUUACAAUUCGUCCGAUGACUUUGAUGGUUCAGCUGUGAUUCAAUAAAUGAGUGCGUGGACAAGAUUAGCUGAGUACCUUAGGGUACUAUUGCUGUUGGGAGAUUUAUUUUAUUUAGUAGAUGGAUGUCAGUAUAUUUAGAUGGGUUAUUGAGAUCACUUAUGUAAACUCUGGUUCAUUUUAUUAUGUUAUUUUAGAUAUGUGGGGCCGAUGAUCUAUUUUAUUUGGUUUAUUGUAUUGAGGAACUUAUAGAUGAGUAUGUGUAGUUAAAUCAAAUUAGAGGAAUUUAUGUUUGAUUUGGAGUCCUUGGAAAUAUAUAUUUGGAUUUGGAGAA